AUGCGCCGAAGAGCUCGGAGGAAAGGCAGCGACGAGGGAAAUCAUCGUCUGCCCGGCCUCAGAGAGGUGACGAAUGGCUGGUACGAGACCGAAGGCUUUGCCCUUUGCGUGGGACCAGAAGCUAUGGGGAGAGCGUUCUCCGUCUGCCUGACCGUCAUCUUCCUCCUGCAGCUGGCAGCCGGCGUGCUGGGCUUCGUCUUCUCCGAUAAGUUCUCCGUCUGCCUGACCGUCAUCUUCCUCCUGCAGCUGGCAGCCGGCGUGCUGGGCUUCGUCUUCUCCGAUAAGGCGCGCGGGAAGGUCAGCGAAAUCAUCAACGGGGCCAUCGUGCAUUACCGGGAUGACCUUGACCUGCAGAACCUCAUCGAUUUUGGGCAGAAGGAGGUGCGUGACGGUGGGGGCUGGGAUCUCCCUCCGACGGACGAGGACGCGUCCCCACUCGUGGGGACCCCCCCCCCCCCGCCCAGCCUGGCGCGUUGUGUCCCCAGCCCCUCUGUGUCCCCUCCCCAGGCCGUCAUCAACACCAUGUGCGGGCAGGGCAUGCAGGCCAUGGGCUACCUGGAGGCCAGCGCCUUCAUCCACACCAACGGCUGCAUCGACAAGCUGGUCAACUGGAUCCACAGCAACCUCUUCCUCCUGGGGGGCAUCGCCCUGGGGCUGGCCGUCCCCCAGCUGGUGGGCAUCCUGCUGGCUCAGAUCCUCAUCAACCAGGUCAGAGACCAGAUCAAGCUGCAGCUCUACAACCAGCAGCACCGCACAGACCCCUGGUACUGA